AGGACUUUGACUUUAUUACCAACUUAAAGCUUCCCAUUACUCAAAUCGAGACCGAUUUCUUAACCUUCACAGCUUACCUACCUCAAGGCAUAUAACGUCGGUAUACUGUAUAGAGUCAAUCGCGCAAACCUAGUGUUCACGACAUCACAACAGACCUCAUAUAUAGCUAGGCUAUACUAUCAAACUAGCACGUCGACACGCCGAUAAAAAUCAUGAUCCGCAAGCAAGCUCGACAACGGCGCGACUACCUCUACAGAAGAGCUCUACUGUUACGAGAUUCCGAGAUAAGUGAGAAGAGAGCAAAGCUCAGAGCAUCCUUAGCCACCGGCAGGCCCUUGGAUCCAUCUAUUGCAAACGACAAAGAACUAAGGAAGGACUACCAAUUCGAUGAAUCUCAACUGGACCGAAGCAAAAAUGAAGAGCUAGAUCUCGAUGAUGAAUAUUCCCAGCUCUCUGGAAUCGUCGACCCUCGAGUCCUCGUUACUACUUCGAGAGAUCCCUCCGCUCGCUUAUCAGCAUUUGCCAAAGAAAUUCGUCUGCUACUCCCAACUGCCAUACGACUAAAUCGCGGCAACUUAAUUCUACCAGACCUCGUUCGAUCGGCGCAGUCCAGCGGCCUAAGCGAUCUGCUUCUUCUCCAUGAACACCGUGGUGUCCCAACGGCUUUAACGUUGUCCCAUUUCCCCCAUGGUCCAACGAUAUCAUUUUCACUACACAACGUCGUGUUACGCCACGAUAUCCCCAACAGUAUCCGAGGAACCGUUAGCGAGUCGUAUCCACAUUUGAUAUUUGAUGGCUUUACUUCUCGACUUGGUGAAAGGGUUGUCAAAAUCUUGAAGCAUAUAUUCCCCCCGCGAGAACCCUUGACGAGCAAAAAUAAGCUUGGAAGUCGAGUGGUCACGUUUAAAAACAUCGAAGACUCGAUCGAAAUACGCCAUCACGUUUUCGUCCGAACAGGAUUUGACAGCGUAGAACUAUCCGAAGUCGGGCCUCGAAUGACUAUGAAGGUUUUUGAGAUUCGUAGCGGCACACUGGAGAACAAGGAUGGCGAUGUCGAAUGGCACCUGAACCAAUACACAAGAACUAGUCGCAAGAAGGAUUACCUUUGAGGUUAAUCAUCACCUUUCCGUCCACGACCCAAGGCAUAAAUCCAUACUUUACACGCAGCUAGAGAAAUACGUGUCGCCAUGGGGAAUGAUGGGUUUCCGUUCGGAUCCAAGCGAAUCUCCAUAUGAGCGUAUAAAUAUCCUGCAACACUUGAUCGACAUAGUAGCCGCUCAGGGUAUACACGGAUUCCACGAUGAGUAGCUCUAUUCCGGAUGGCCGAUCCAUGCGCCGGAAUUUAGUUGGGGGCUCAACUUUGAAUACGCGGCGGUAUCCUUACUGCCGUUAAUCAGUCCGGUUCCGUAGGGCGCCAUCUUAUAAGGACGGACGACAUUCAAAAGUUUGCAUGAUAUAAAGUCAUAGUAAAACUAUGGUGAUCUACAUAGUAUAGGCUGUCUUAGGAGAAAACAGCAUACAGCCAAAGAAGAAUAUGUCUACCAUACGAUUGAGCAAUUCAAAGUAUGGCUAGAGGUCUAGACAAGCAGGCUGUCUGAGCUUUUACGGGAGCUUAUCAGCAGGAGAGCAAAGUGCAAAUCAAGUCUCGGACGCAGCUGUCUUAGCAAUAUGUUGGUAGAUUGAGACUGAAUCUAUAACAAGCAAAGGCAUUCUGAAACGCAGUUUUGUUGGUAUGGUUUAGGAGUUGUAUUAGCAGACAUCGUGACAAGACAGCAGUGCAAUGAAGUUUUUGUAACUGCUAGACAGCAG